AUGGUGCCUGCCUUCCUGAUUCUUUUUGGGGCCUUUGAGACACUGCAAACAGACUUAUUUCCUGACAAAAAGUUUUUACUUCUCCCCCCCAUGAAUUUUACCAUCCAAGUUACUGGUUUAGCUCAAGUUCUUUUACAUUGGGAACCAAAUCCUGAUCAAGAUCAGAAGAAUAUCAAUCUGAAAUAUCAUGUGAAAAUAAAUGCCUCACAAGAAGAGGACUAUGAAACUAGGAACACCCAAAGCAAAUGUGAAACCACCCUGCAUCAAGGGUUUUCAGCAAGGGUGCGUACCAUCCUGUGGCGUGACAGCUCCUUUCUAGCCAGCAGCUGGGUCUCUGCUGAACGUAAAUCCCCACCAGGGUCUCCUGGAACCUCAAUUGUGAAUUUAACUUGCACCACAAACACUGCAGCAGGUAAUUAUACAAACUUAAAGUUAUACCAAGUUUCUCUUCAUUGCACCUGGCUUGCUGGAAAGGAUGCCCCUGAGGACACACAGUAUUUCCUCUAUUAUAGGUAUGGCGCUUGGACUGAAGAAUGUCGAGAAUACAACAAAGAUACCCUGAACAGGAACACUGCAUGCUGGUUCCCAAGGACUUUUAUCCAUAGCAAAGCACGUGGCAGGCUUGCAGUGCAUGUUAAUGGCUCCAGCAAGCACGCUACAAUCAAGCCCUUUGACCAGCUGUUUGAUAUACAAGCCAUUGAUCAACCAAAUCCUCCAAUGAAUGUCACAGCAGAGACUGAAGGAUCUCACCUUUCCAUUCAAUGGGAGAAACCAGUUUCUGCCUUUCCAAGCCAUUGCUUUGAGUAUGAAGUGAAAAUAUACAACACGAAUGGUUAUUAUCAGGUGGAAAAGACAACCACCAGUACAUUUAUCUCCACAACUGAUGGUGUUUCUAAGUACUCCAUUCAAGUGAGAGCAACCGUGAGCCCUCAGUGUAGAGCCAUGGGGCUAUGGAGCAAGUGGAGUCAACCUAUUCAUGUGGGAAAUGAGCAGCAGCCCAUGAGUGAAUGGCUUCUCAUCACGCUUACAGCAACCCUCUGCUUCGUCUCCCUAAUUUCCUUACUGCUCUGCAGAAUAUAUCGCUUAUGGCCCAAGUUGUUUCCGCCAGUACCAGCACCAAAAAGUAGCAUCAAAGAUCUCAUUGUGGCCACUAACUGGGAGAAAGCUGGUCCCAAUGAGACAGAAAUUGAAGCCAUAAGUUACAUAGAAGAGCCUGCAUUUGAAAUCUUGGAAAGUUCUGCGUUUUGA